AUGUGGCGGUAUUGGUGGUCUAGGAAUGUUACUAAACGUGGGUGGCCCAUGGUGGCAUAUAAGACUAUGUGCAAACCUAAGCGUGAAGGUGGCCUUGGGUUUCGGGACUUACAUAGUUUCAAUAUGGCACUUUUGGGUAAACAACUAUGGUGUUUUAAAGAACAGGGUAGUUUGGUUGCACGUGUCCUUCGUGCAAAAUACUUUCCAAGUGGCGGUUUUCUGAAUGCUUCUUUGAUGGAUAAGAAUUCCUUUGCUUGGAAAGGACUUCAUCGUACUUUGCAAGUGUUAAAUGAGGGUCUAUUUUGGAGAAUUGGAGCUGGUAGCCUUACGCCAAUUCAUUGUGAUAAGUGGGGAUGCACUAAAUUGCAGCGACGAGUCUAUGAUAAUGAGCGCAUGUCCAAGGUGUGGUCAAUCAUUGCCAAGAUCCAGUUACUUCCUGUAACACCCACAGACCGAUGCAGUUGA